AUGGCGAAAACCGUUUCUGCAUCAGCAAUCUUGUUUGGAUUAUGCUAUUUUUCUAUCCAUGCCAUUGCAUUUUCGCCUUCUGGGUGGACUAAAGCACAUGCUACCUUUUAUGGUGGUAGUGAUGCCUCAAGAACUAUGGGAGGAGCAUGUGGGUAUGGGAACUUGUAUUCUACAGGGUAUGGGACUAGGACAGCGGCCUUAAGUACUGCAUUGUUCAAUGAUGGAGGUUCAUGUGGGCAAUGCUACAAGAUCAUUUGCGAUUAUCAAGCUAAUUCUAAGUGGUGUAAGAAUGGGGCGUCUGUGACAGUCACUGUAACAAACUUCUGCCCUCCAAACUUUGAUCUUCCGAGCAAUAACGGAGGCUGGUGCAACCCACCUCUCCAGCAUUUCGAUAUGGCUCAACCUGCCUGGGAAAAGAUUGGCAUGUACAAGGGAGGGAUUGUGCCUGUUUUGUUCCAAAGGGUUCCCUGCAAGAAACAUGGAGGUGUUAGAUUCACAGUAAAUGGAAGAGACUAUUUUGAGCUUGUCUUGAUUAGUAAUGUGGCAGGGGCAAGAUCAAUUCAAUCUGUAUCCAUCAAAGGCUCAAGAACUAACUGGAUGACAAUGUCAAGAAACUGGGAAGCUAAUUGGCAAUCCAAUGCCUACCUCAACGGCCAAUCUCUAUCCUUCAAGGUCACUACUACUGAUGGAGAAACCAGAUUGUUCCAAAACAUUGUGCCCUCUAAUUGGGCUUUCGGCCAAACAUUCUCCAGUACCGAACAAUUCUAA